ACUUGAAGCAAUAUUGAUGGGUCGGACUGUUGGGUAUAGUUUUGGUGAUGUUUUCUACUGUAGAGUAUCUUUGAUGGUUCGGAUUUCUGGUAUAAUUGGGAGGUUUAGAAGAUAUGAAUUCUGUAUAUGCGUAUCAUAUCAAUGUAUUGUGGUGGCGGACAGAGAUGGCAAAAACAGCUGACAUUUGCGUGGGUCGUGUGGCGGACUCUGACCCACUUGUCCGGGCAUUGCAGACUCAAACGCGCUCCGCCGCCGGUAGGUGAGGCCCCCACGUAUUGAUCACGGGAGGCCGCGUUCAGUCGACGGCGGUGGCGGCGGCUAUCGGCGUCGCGCUGCGCUCUCGCAUCCAACACACACACUCGCACACACUCACACUUAUACAGCCCCCAAACACUGGCACACACUUUAACACACUCUCUUACAAACCGCCUCCAACGUUUGGCGCGAAAAUUUCCCAGUCGCCACUCGAGUUCCGCGCGCUGCCUGCCUAAGAGUAGUCGGCAUAAUGCAUCCACACUCGCGUUAACUAAAAUUUCUAAGAUAACGAUAACACUCUUUACAUACAAUCAGUGCCAAUUCCGUUUCCUGUGCUGGUGGUGUGCCAACACGCGCGACACUAGUAACUUUACUGUCGCCGUUUAACUAACAACUUGCAACUUCCAUACGAACGGGGCCCUGGGAACUUUCGUUGAUUCACGUGCUUUUCGCCACGAAAAUCAUCAACUCUCCUUCGACUAAUUAUAAAAGCUGGACCGAAGAGAUCCCAGUGCUCCGCGAUGGAUUGCUGCAACUACAUGUCGUACAAGAACCACUACUAUGGUACUCAGCAAUAUUUCGAACAAAUGCCGCAGUACCAUGGCGAAUACUACAACAACCCAACUUACUCUGAGUACUACGGGAACAACACCCCCUACUAUUCGUCAUAUCCUUGGCAGCAUUGCAAUACCGCUUCAUUUCCAGACUACACAUACAACCCGAAGGAGGCGAGGAUCCGCAAGGCCAUGCGCGACGCCAAUAGGGAAAGGGCCAUGGGUGUCGCACCCGCUACCAGAGGUGGGCGUCGCUCGCAGCCCUGGGUGCAUCCUGAAACUGAUGAUCAUUUCAUGAUGACGCCCAGCCAUGGCAUGCGUGGUGUAGUUGGAUCACCAAUGUGCGGAACCGGCUUCCCCAUCGGAAAUGUAGGAAACGGACAAUUUAUUCAACCAAUGCAUUCCUACAACAAACACAUGCAUUUAAUUUCACAUGAUAACAACGGCUAUUUGCAGCCUAACCCGAUGGCUCAGCUGCAACAUCAGACGGAUAUGUGGAACCAAUAUCAGCACAGUACGAAUACCAUGCGACCAACUCCUUCUGAAUAUGUGAUGCCAAAUUCCCAGAUGCCGAAUUACCAUCAUCAACAGGCAACAGAGAUGCAUCAGACGAACGAAGCUUCAUCUUCAAUAGAGAGAGUCAAGAUCGGACCUGAAACUUUUGCAGAGCUCAGUAGUACAGCAACAUCUCCACAUACAAACGAAAACGUGCCGCCAAAUCACAAUAACUUUGAAGGUAAAAUAGAACCUCUCAUGGAGUCCACGAAUGUCUCGCAGGCACCGUUCAUGAACUUGUACCAGGAUAACGUGUCCGCUCACAGCCAUUUCGACAAAAACCAAGAGAAAGUCAAAAAGAUUAGUUUGCCUGCAACAGAGUCAACAGGAUCUACCAAAGAAUCUACUGCGAAUGCAGAUGAAGGUACUUCGUAUUACAGAGAAUACAUCAGAAAGUACGUGGACACGCUGAAAUGCGACGUGCUCGACAUCGUCUUUGAGAACAGCGAUACAAGAAGCGGAUUCAGUUACGUCACGUAUCCGAAUGGUCAGAGCUACAACUUCUGCAAUUCGUCAAUCGAAGAUCUCUACUUCAUCCAGAGUUGUAGCUACGGUACGUUCGGUUUUGGAAACGCACUAAACCUAAGCAAAAACUGAUUUAAUUUGUUUUGCCAUAAUUCAAUCAAUAAAUAUGUUGCUAAUUUAGCGUACAUCCUCGUUGCACGCACGCUUUCAUAAUUUCGUAUUAGGCAAUUAAUUGAUUCAUACAAAUCCAUUUAUCAAUGCCAUUGUGCACUGAUAAUGAAAAAUUAGGCAAAAAAUGCAAUGCGAUUUUUUGAUAAGGACCAAAAAACAUCGCACCUAUAUGGGGUCUCGAAUACCUUAUUUCUAAUUAGAACUUAUCGAUUGGUAGACCGAGACCACCACCAGGUGAUUAUUGAUUAGGUGUACUUUAUUUAAGUGUAGUUAUGACGCUGAUAAAGAAGGCAGAUUAAUUGUAGAUUUCUGUAUCGAAAACCGCACCUGAAAUACAUGUUUU